UCUAAGAGAAUUGACAUCUGACGGUCGCCUUCUGAUAAAUUCAUGCCGAGAUGGCCACUACCAAAAAUUUUAUCGGUAUUUUGAAAAAAACACAUAUUAGUUCAGCUCUAGGAUAUCAAUUUAAGAAAGACAGUGCUCGAUCACUUCAUUUCUGCAGAUCAUGUAGUAAAUCAACUCUUGUCAAUCUGUACUUUCCAAGUUUCAGAAGUAAUAUUUUAUCUCCAUUCGAAGUUUCAAACUAUAAGGGUUUCCAUACAUCAUCUUUGUUGAACGCUAAAGAUUACUAUAAAAUCUUGGGAGUUAGUCAGAAUGCUAGCAGUUCUGAAAUAAAGAAAGCUUAUUAUAAAUUAGCGAAGAAGUAUCAUCCUGAUGUAAAUAAGGAAGAUCCAUCAGCAGCUUCAAAGUUUCAGGAAGUGUCUGAAGCUUAUGAGAUAUUGGGGGAUGACACUAAACGCAAACAAUUUGAUCAAUGGGGUGCUACUGCAGAACAGAUGGGUGGAAUGGGAGGACCUACAGGCACUGGCACUUCUUAUGGUCCUGAUGGUUUCAGCCAAAGUUGGGCAUACCAGAGUACCAUAGAUCCUGAAGAACUUUUCCGUAAAAUAUUUGGUCAAGCCGGGUUUGGCAAAAAUAGUGCAAAUUUUGAAGAUUUUGCGGAAUCCAAUUAUGGAUUUGGAGAAGCACAAGAGGUUAUUGUGAAACUGUCAUUCUCUCAAGCAGCUCGUGGUAUAAACAAAGAAAUAAAUGUAAAUGUAGUAGAUACUUGUCCUAAAUGCAGAGGUUCUAGAGCUGAACUUGGUACUAAAGCCACACGUUGUAGUUAUUGUGAUGGUACCGGUAUGGAAAGUGUUACAAGGGGACCUUUUAUCAUGAGAUCUACUUGUCGUUAUUGCCAAGGCUCAAGGAUGUUCAUUAAACACAAAUGUACAGAAUGUGAAGGAAAAGGAUCUACUGUUCAAAGAAAAAAAGUUGUUGUACCUGUACCAGCAGGUAUUCAAGAUGGCCAAACUGUGAGAAUGUCAGUUGGACAAAAAGAAUUGUUCAUAACAUUUAGAGUAGAAAAAUCGAAUUAUUUCAAAAGAGAUGGUGCAGAUGUCUACACUGAGGCUGAAAUAUCUGUGGCGCAAGCAGUUCUGGGAGGUACCAUAAGAAUUCAAGGAGUUUAUGAGGAUCAUACAAUACAGGUUAUGCAAGGAACAUCCUCUCAUACUAAAAUUAGGUUAAGCGGUAAAGGCUUGAAAAAAGUGAAUGGAUAUGGUAGUGGGGAUCAUUAUGUGACUUUCAAAAUAGAUGUACCAAAAACAUUAAAUGAAAAACAGAAAGCUCUCAUGCAAGCUUAUGCUGAAUUGGAAAGCAAUACACAUGGUCAAAUCUUUGGUGUGACAUUUAAGAAAAACGGUGAGAAAAUAAGUUCGACUGAAGGCUCUGAUAUUCUGAAUGCUAUAAAGCAAGUUCUUGAAGGUAAGAAUGAUGAAAACCUUAAAAACAACGUUAAUGAUCAUGAGAAUAAUAGGACGAUCGAAAACAAAGAAGAAAAAUUGAGCAGCAACAAAACAGAACAACAAAAUUCGAAAUCUAAUACUAAAGAAGAAAAUGAAGAACUCAGUGAUGUGGAAGAAGCUAAACAAAAAGUAGCUUAAAGUAGCAGAAUAAUGGACAUUGUAUUUCAGUCGAAUAAAUUUUCCUGACUAAGUGAUAACAUAAAACUGUAGAAUUUAUCUGAGCAUAUGUAUAUUUGAUCUAUGUUGAUGAAUUAAAAUCUUAAUGCUCUUA